GCUCAUUUCUGCACGGCACCUGGACGACUUGCUUCUGCUGAGAUGAUCUGAAGCCCUUUCAGAGAAAGGGGACCAUCAUCGUGCACUGAGUUUGCCGCCUGGAGCCGCAGCGUGAGCCGGAGCAUCCACCUGCGACUGCAGCUGCGCGACUGAACAGAAGAGGCAGCAGCGGCUGACUUGUCGAGGUCAACUCCAGUCAUGCAGAAGACCAGCUCCGGAGCGGGCGACAGCCGAGGUCUGGGCGGGGACGGAACGACUGACACCAGUGGUUCUGCUCAGAUCCCACCCAGCGGGUCGUACACGACCAGCUCCAGCAGUUCCGGACUCGCUCGUGGGCCCGACGGCACCAGCUUCACCGCAAAGGCCUCUGGAGGGGGGCUGACGGCAUCCAGCGGGUCGGGCUUCAGAAGCGGUUCUGCCCGAGGGUCUGCGAGCUCAGGAGGGGAAGGGAGGAGAGAUCCGGGCCCCGGGGUUCUGCUGGGUUCGGCCAAGACCAGCCAUGGAGGAGGAGGAGCAGGGGAGGCCAGGAGGAACUCGCCGGCGGCCGCCAAGCUCUGGUCGGCGCCCAAACACAAGAAGGUCUCCACCGUGGGCGGCUGGCCGGACGUGUUCGACGGAAGCUCCAGUCCCGAGUCUUCUCCCGAGUACAGCAGGAAGGACUACGGUGGUGCCACCAGCAGAGGGCGAUCUCAGAGCAGAGAGAGUGAGAUCAGAGCCAGACUGCAGAGCGCCUCGCCACCCGCCAGCUGGACGGAGCUGGACGAGGUCAAGCGUCUGCUGCGAGGCAAGCGCUCGGGCAGCGCCAGCCCGCCGCGCUCGCCCAACAACACCCUGCCCAUCCCCAAGAAGGGCAGCGUGGAGAGCAGGGCCCCGGCGGAGACCUCCGGCCCAGAGCUCUACAGCAGCGUCUGGUCCUCCGGCGUCAACACCAACCCCAACAACCUGUCCGGCGGCCGCUGCUCUCCAGGCGCUCAGAAGAAGGUGACCCUCAGCGCUCCCGCCGUCAGCAACGGCCUCCUGUACAGCAGCUCAGUUCCCACCUACGGAGUCCAGAACAACCUGCUGGGUUCCGCUCCUGCUGCUUUCCCUUCCGCCGGCUCCAACCUGCCGACGGUCUACGGCGUCCAGAAGAACCUCUCUCCGCCGGGACUGGGCUCCGCGCGCAUCAACGCUCCGAGUGCCGAGGACUCGAGCAAGGACUUCAAGUCGGUCCACAUGGAGCUGGGAGCUCCAGUGGAGAAGAAGAGCGAGCGCUUGAUCGUGAUCAAGGACUCGGGGAAGCAGUUCAUGUCUGACCCUCCGGCGCCCUCAGGUGCGCUCUACUCCGACGACUCGCUCAAGAGAGAGAAGCAGAAGCUGUCGGCCGCCAACGUGGACCUGGUGCACGGGGUGAACUACGGGCCGCCCAAAACCGCCACCAAGGACAAGUCCACCUACGCAGUGGUCGGCGCCGACGACCCGGGCUGCGGCCUGUGCUCCUGCUGCAGCUGGUGGAAGUGGCUGCUGGCGCUGCUCCUCAGUCUGCUCACGCUGCUGGGACUCCUGUUUGGACUCGUUGCUCUGGGCCAGGAAGUCAAAGGCUUGAGGAGCCGGGUGGAGGCUCUGGAGUCCACGUCGGCGCGCACCAGCCGCCUGGAGUCCAGCUACCCGCUGGGCACCGACAACGCCAUCAACUUUGGAGACGGCGUGGCGCUGAAGCGGAGGGUGGAGCAGCUGGUCCGAGAGGAGCUGGCCUCCGGCGCCGCGAGAGAUUCGGUGCUCCACUCUCUGAAAGGAGCCAAGGGCGAGCCUGGAGCCAAAGGUGACCCCGGCCAGCUGGGACUCAAAGGUGACGCUGGAUUCCCGGGUCAGCCAGGUCCACCGGGCCAGACGGGCCGACCCGGCGCCGAUGGAGCGCGCGGCGCCAAAGGAAAUUCAGGGGAGGCGGGGCCGGAGGGUCCAGCGGGCCCCAGGGGCAGGGAGGGCCUUCCCGGACCACGAGGAGACACUGGAGCGCCUGGCUUUGGAGCCAAAGGAGACAGAGGAUCUCCCGGUGACCCCGGUCGCCCCGGACCUGCCGGGGUCACGGGACCCGUCGGACCAAAGGGAUCAGCAGGAGAGCAGGGGGCACCCGGAGGUCCAGGUUCGCCAGGUCAGAAGGGCUUCCAGGGCGAAGCAGGACCUCAGGGACCCAAAGGCGACAGAGGAACGCCAGGCCUCGGCGGGGGCAAAGGGGACCCGGGUGAGAGGGGGCCGCGAGGACCGCAAGGCGAAGCAGGACAAGCUGGAGCCAGCGGUCCUGCAGGGUCGAAAGGCUCCAAGGGAACAGCUGGUGACCCCGGCUCAAUGGGACUUCCUGGUGUGAGAGGACCCCCAGGUCUCCCCGGAGAUGCAGGUCCAGCAGGCUCUCAGGGACUGCAGGGACCUCCAGGUGUUGCUGGUGUCCCUGGUCAGCCGGGCGUCCAAGGUGAGCCGGGGUCGCCCGGGAGGGUCAUCGCUCCAGCUGGCUCCGACACCGUGGCCGUCCCGGGACCACCCGGCCCUGCUGGGCCUCCGGGUCCAGCUGGGUCACCUGGUUUGUCAGGACCGAUUGGGCCUGCAGGUGUACCAGGACAACCAGGUCCAAAAGGGGAGCGAGGAGAGCGAGGAGAGCAAGGCAGGACCACUCCUGCGUCGGAUCCCUCUCCUGCGGGAGCACGUCCUGGCCCACCUGGACCCCCAGGUCCUCCUGGAGCGCCCGGUCGUCCAGGCGACAGCACACAAGGACCACCAGGACGGCGAGGACCACCUGGAGAGCCAGGUCUUGGCUCACCAGGACCACGAGGCCCGAAGGGAGAGCCUGGCAGCUUCCUGCCAACCUCAGAGACCUUCUUCGCCGGACCUCCAGGACCUCCAGGACCACAAGGAUCAACCGGAGAGCGAGGACCACCCGGUUAUCGAGGUGAACCAGGUCAACCAGGACUACCAGGAAGUCCAGGGGAGCCGGGUCUUGGGUAUCCGGGUCAGCCAGGACCUCAAGGACCAGCCGGACCUCAAGGGGAGCCAGGAAUCCCAGGCGGCUCUGCAGUUGUACCAGGUGGCUUCUCCAUACCUGGACCCCAGGGCCCUCCCGGCCCACCAGGUCCACCGGGCCGCGACGGCAGCGGGUCACUGGAUGUGGGCCAGUACAUCACAGACUACCUGCAGAGGGGAACCUUCAGUCAGUACCUAGGUGGACCACCCGGGCCUCCUGGUCCUCCAGGUCCACCGGGUGAUGGCUCGGUGGAGGAUGUGGCGAACCACGUCAUCGCGUAUCUCCAGAGUCAUGGUCGAGGAUACUCCACUGCCGCUGGUCGCCCUGGUCCACCAGGUCCACCUGGCUCAGUGUCUCUCAACGACAUCGUCGCAUUACUCCAGCGAGAAGAUCUGAGGAACUAUAUUGCUGGCCCGCCCGGCCCACCGGGACCUCCAGGAGGUCAGGAUGUGGUGGAACGUGUCCUCAGUUUGGUGAAUGAAAAGGGCCUCCUGGCGGCCCCUGGACCUCCUGGACCUCCCGGCGCUCCGGGCCUCCCAGGGAACGUGGUUUCCACUGGGUAUCAGGCCGUCAUGGGCCCUCAGGGCCCCCCUGGGAUCCCUGGGGUUGCAGGCCCACCUGGCCCAGCGGGGCCACCUGGAGCACCAGGAGUGAGUAACUUCAUCAGCUCCGACAUCCGGGACUACCUGCAGAACGUGGACUUCAGAGGUGCCCCUGGUCUCCCCGGUCCACCUGGACCACAGGGUCCUCCGGGACCAAUCAGCGGCAUGGUUUCUUUUGCUGAACACGCCAGGUCGGACAAGCUGAGAGGAGAACAUCAGGACUACGUGAAGACUGCCUUCGGACUGCCUGGUCCUCCCGGCCAGAAGGGGGAGCCAGGCGUGCCCGGCAGCAGUUACUGGGGCGACGAUGGCCACUUCUCCAACAUGGUGGCUCGCGUGACGGACCACAUCAGAGCUCACGGUCUGCUGCGAGACUCUGUCCAGGGCCCGCCAGGUCCGCCGGGCCCGCCGGGACACAGCCAGUGGUUGGGCUCCAUGGAGAACAUGGUGGACUACCUCAAAUCCCAAGGAUUGUUGGCUCCAGGCCAAGGGCCGCGAGGGCCGCCUGGGCCGCCGGGGCCGCCGGGGAGCCUGCGCUGGUUCGGAUCUCAUGGGAACGCCACAGACCUGGUGGAGUACAUCAGAUCGCACGGCGCCAUGCACGACAUCAUCCGCGACUACACCAACCACAUCUUCCAGGGACCCCCGGGACCGCCUGGGCCCGAGGGCCACGUCCGAUGGUCUGGUUCUCCGAGGAACGCCACAGACCUUGUGGAGUACCUGCAGGCUCGCGGCCUGCUGCUGGACCCCAGGCAGAAUUACUACCACCCUGGUGAAAGGGGACUUCCUGGACCACCGGGACCUCCCGGACCAGCGGGACCCAGCCGAGUGUUCGGGUCACCGGCCAACGUCGUUGAUUUGGUGGACUUCAUUAAAGAACAUGGAGCCAUCGUAGGACCAGCUGGGAGACCUGGACCCAGAGGACAGAUGGGCUACCCAGGACCCAAGGGAGAGAAAGGAGACCAAGGUCAGGAAGGUCAGCGGGGACAGAAAGGUGACAAAGGAGACUUCAGUCUGCUGACCAGAGCCAGGAGGAACGCUGGAGUCUGAGGGUCCAAGGGCCGAGUCAAGUGUCGGCUCCCAGCGACAUUAGCACUCAGCUACAUUAGCACCCGGCUACAUUAGCGCCAUCUAGAUUAGCACCCCAGCUACAUUAGCACUCAGCUACAUUAGCGCCAGCUAGAUUAGCACCCCAGCUACAUUAGCACUCAGCUACAUUAGCGCCAGCUACAUUAGCACCCCAGCUACAUUAGCACUCAGCUACAUUAGCGCCAGCUAGAUUAGCACCCCAGCUACAUUAGCACUCAGUUACAUUAGCGCCAGCUAGAUUAGCACCCCAGCUACAUUAGCACUCAGCUACAUUAGUGCCAGGUACAUUAGCACUCAGCUACAUUAGCGCCAGCUAGAUUAGCACCCCAGCUACAUUAGCACUCAGCUACAUUAGUGCCAGGUACAUUAGCACUCAGCUACAUUAGUGCCAGCUAGAUUAGCACCCCAGCUACAUUAGCACUCAGUUACAUUAGCAGCCGGUUACAUUAGCACCCAGCUACAUUAGCACUAAGUUACAUUAGCACUCAGCUACAUUAGCACUCAGUUGCAUGAGCGCCCAGCUAGAUUAGCGUCCUCUUCAGCUUCGUUGGUUCCUGCUGCUUUAUUCAAGGGGAGGGGCUACGGGGGACAUGAGGUUUUAGCACCUUAGCAAGAGUUGAGCUCCAAGCCUGUGUCCCUUUUCUUAGACGCUUGGUUCGGGAUGACAUGACUGCGUUUGCGCUCGUGGCUCGCUCCACGCAGCAGGCGCUGGGGGCGUGGCCUCCACCACACCGCGCUGGUGUGAACAGUGUUUUGCAGUUGUGUUCAGGGACUUCACUUUUUGUUUUGCUCAUACUUUUGGAAGUUUUGGAAUAAAAGCCCGCAGGGACGU